UCUCCGCUGUGGAGUCUCUGUGGCGGGUCCGGAAUGGCGGGUUUUUCGUGAGGCGCCGCUUCAGUUUAGACUUUCUUCCACUUUAAACAGAUUUAGGGAUUAAACUCAGAUUUUCGGCGCGCUAACAGGGAUGGACCUGCGGGACCCGAGGAAACAGCCGGAGCGCCGCCGCUUCCAGAGAAAGUUAAGGUCUUAAUUCUGAGAAAGUUAACAUCCACCAACCUGUGUUCUCCUGUAUCAUGAGGAGGUCUGGGGCUUCAGUCCCACCUCGUCUCCGACGACAAAAACCUGAUCAAAGCGACGUCAAAACUUCUCCCGAAAAAGAUGUGAGAACUAAAACUAGCAGACGGAUGAGGAAAGUGAAGGCGGGUCCACUGAGAAAUAAAUUCAAUCCGGACUCGUUCUGCUCGGACAGUGAGGGUUCUGGAGUGAGUGAUGGCGUGGACCGGGCCGUGACCUCGCCCGUACCUGUGCUUGUUGAUCUCACUGGUGAACCUGAACGUCUGGUUGAGGUUGGUGGAGCUCAGAAUCAGCAGGAUGUUGUUCUGCUCUCGUCUGGUGAGGAGGGUCAGAUCAGACGGUUGGAGUUGGUGAAGUUUGGGCGGAGCUCGGAGGAUCCGGUGGGUAAAGUUGUCUUGCCGCCGCAGUCUCUGGCAGAAGACACACUGAAAACAAUCCGACUGAAAAACGAAGCUUCAGGACGAAACCCGCUCUCUGAUAGUAUCGGUACGAUUCUGAUUGAGAGGUGGGACAGUCAGUCGGACGAGGCGAGCGCUGAGGGAUCGGUGGUGUCGGGUCCCGGCUCCCCUCACAGUGUCCUAAGCUCACUGAGGUGCAGAGACUGCAGGACACUCUUCACCAAAAUCAGGAGACAAAGACCUCCGAAAACUAGGAAACGGGACUAUGAUCCAGCCUCUUUAUCAUGUGAUGAAUGGCUGCUUAUUAAGACUUGGCAUCCAAAGCGACGGAGGCAAGAGAGAGGAAAGUUGUGGACGCAUCUGAAGCGGAUCAGAAAGCUGGUGCUGGAGCUUUCGGGUUGUGCCAUGAAAAACACAGUCACCUGUUCUAGACCUCACGUCUUCCUGCAGAGGAAUUUGCGUCGCUGCAGGAGAAUGACCUCUGACAGCAAAGCCAAGCCACGACAGCGCCGCCGACCCAGGAAGAAAAUCCUGUGGCCUCCUCUGGGUUCCAGAAGAAGAGUAAAGAGAAAAACGUUUGAAAGAGAUGAUUCCUUAGAUCAGCUUUUCCCUUUAGACCUCACCGCCUCCAACAACGCCCGCCAGGACCAGCCUGCGAGCCGCGAUGAUCGCUCUGAACCACAAGAGCAGGAGAGAGUUCUUAAACACGUCGUCCGGGACUUUACCGGCGUUCCGGACCUACCGGAGGGAACACGCAGGGAACUGAGAUUUGAGGAUCUGUUCAGUGCCCUGCCGAUAGAGUCACAGAAACCACAGCAGGGGAUCCUACAGAGAAACAGAGGAAGAAGAAAAACCAAUACAAGUCAAACAGAUCUCCCAGCAAAUGAACUGGAUUAUUCCAGAGCAAAAAAUCUGCUGUGUGGGGAUUCAGACGAGUUCAGAACCCCUACAGAUCUCUCCACUUUGGAGUCGAAGGUUGUCAGAAAGAGUCACUCAUCAUCGUUCUUUUCGUCUGGAAACUCGUUCAGUGCGGAACAGCGGGGCAGCUUCAGGUCCAUGUUAGCGGCGGUGGAGAAGAGUCACAACCGGAUUAUUAAAGAAUCUCACAGUUGAGGCUCUCGCCCGGUUCUGGUUUUGGUUCUGUUUGUUUAAGGUUGUUGAGUUUCUCUGUUCUGUUUUAGGCUGGAGAAAUAUAGGCUGUUACCUACACGUUCACGUUUAAACGAUAGGGGGCAGUGCAGCUCUCAGCAGCAUCAAAUAUACAUCAAUCAAAUACACAGGACGUUUAAUGGAAGAUUAAAAGCUGUAAGAACGGUAUUGCCGCGCUGGUAAGGGGCCGCGUCUGUUAUGUUUAUGAUGCAGCCGGUUGACUGCAUUUAUACGCAGCCAAACAUCAAGUUUUUCUCCAGCUUUAGAGCUUAAUAGUUAGAAACUGGCAUCUAAUUGGUGCACUCUCUUAGUGAAACAUUUAAAAGCCUGAAAAAAGAUCUUCUGAUCAAACAGUUUGCUGUUUGUUGUGAUUUUGAAUACCUACCUGUUCAGGUGAUUAGACCUGGAUAGUUGACAAAUCGUUUUUCAUAUUUCCGGUCCUUUAUUGUUAUUGUAUAGUGUUUUAUUUUUGUUUUUUUGUUAGUUAAAUUAUUAGCAUAGACUUAAUAACUUAAAAAGAGGCCAAGAAGUAACCACACUGCUGUUUUUUUGUUCUGUUGCUGAAACGUUCUCUCUUACUCAGGAGUAAAUUUUCAGAGUAAAUAAAUGUAUAAAGUGUAAUUAACAUGUAUGUUGUUCAGUUCCUUUUUUUCUGUGUUCUGUUUUAUAAUUAUUAAUUAUAAAUGUCUACAGUGGGAUUGUUGCUGGUAACAAAUAAACACGGCUUCUGUUGACUAUAA